GGGUGCAGUUUUAGGUGAAGAGUCUUAAAAACUCCUGAAAAUCAACAAAAAUUUCAUACAAGUUUUUAAAACCAAAAUAUCUUCAGGUCAGAAAAGUCAUGUCGCAAGAUAAUGCUCCGGACUCAUCUGUAGGUAUGGAGAGUCUGUCAUUAAAAACGGAGCAGCCACAAAAGCCUUCGGAUGUAACAAAAAUUGAUCUUCUGUUGAAUGCUGCUGGAAAUGCACCCAUUAUGAAGCAGAGAAAGUGGACGGUUGAUUAUAUGAAAGAUGUUAAUUGGGUUUGCAAGUUUAUUCACAAAUAUCUCAAAUUGGAUCCUGAAGAAAAACUUUUCCUUUACGUCAACCAGACAUUCGCACCCUCACCUGACCAGGUUUUGAAGAAUCUGUAUGAAUGUUAUGGAAACCAGAAUAAAUUGACGUUACAUUAUUCAAUCUCUCAAGCUUGGGGCUGAGAAUGUCAUUCUUCGCACACAUUUAUGUAAAACUAUGUCAUUAUGCUAUUUAAGAAUAUCAAUAAAUUCCUUUUUUAUUUUAUAAAUUAUGAAUA